AUGGCCAACUUUGUGGAAACGAAGGAUGAACCAAAAUCCGCAGCAUUUACAGGUUAUGGAUCAGGCUGGACUAACGGACGCAGCUUCCACGAUGACGGGGACCAACACGACAGCGACAGCAUGUAUAAUGUCCCUUUUGGAGAAAGAACGGAGCUGACCUAUGAGGAUGCCCCUGGUGUUAGGAUAUUGCCAGAUGAUCCCAAUUACGAAUAUCACAGUAAUUCUGAUGAUGAAAUUUUGGAGUACGACUCCGGAGCAAGUGGAGAAGAAGAUUACCGUGGUUCUGAACAGGAUCCAUCUGAAGGGGGACCUGCCAAUGCCUGCGAAUCUGAAUGGACAUUCAAAUCACAGGCCCAGAUGUGCAGGAAUAUGACGCGGAAUUCCCCAAAUGCAUCUAUAGAAAACAGGAAGGAUGGGAACCUCGAACAGAUACCCUCGAUUUUGAGCGUGAAGUUUGCCCCUGUUCGACAUGACGUCAAUGACAGCUCUCCUGAGUGCGAUUUUAUUCUUGAAGCUGUUAGCAAUUCCUAUGAUGAAUUUACUGUUUUUGCCCUUCGCCGUCUUCAGUUCCACAGUUAUGACCUACCUUCCGGAUGGCAGUCCCAAGAGGAACUCAACGAAAUUGGACUCCCAUUCCAUCCCACCUGUUUUGAGCUAUAUAUGCAAGCCUCACGACGAAUUCUUGGUUGCGUUGACAUAGACACUGGGCCCGAACAAGUCUGGACACAUGCCAUCGGUGAUGAAUACCUCGUUGCAAAUUCCGUUUUCAUUCCUGGAUGUAAAGCUACACUAGAAUCUGCUAUCUCCAAUGACGGAAAUUUCAGCGUCCACGACAGCGCCUUCAGAACAAGGCCGCGGACCACCAAUGCGUCAUCCCAAGACCCCUUUCUGUCCUUACCCAUUGAAAUAAUCCUGGAAAUUAUAUCACAUCUUAACUCCCCUGACAUUGCGAAUCUUCGCCUCUCAUCACGCGCAUUCACCCAUCUGCCAAUCUCUUUCUGGCCAUCAACUUAUCCUGAAGGAACUGCCUUGGCUGUACGAAGCGUGGUCUGCCGAUCCAGCACCAUAUUACUGGACGACAGCUGUGAUCCGUGA